AUGCUCAACCAUCUUCCUCAAGGGAAUGAUCCCGUUUCAGCUUUCUCUGUUCCAUGUCACAAUUACCAUCGGAUUUGCGAUCUUCUUCUUUCUUCAGCUCGCUCCAGAUCUACUUCUAGAGGACUUCAGCUUCAUGGCUAUGUCGUCAAAUCAGGCCUUUCUCUUAUCCCUCUCGUUGCUAACAAUCUCAUUAAUUUCUACUCCAAAUCACAGCUUCCAUUGGAUUCUCGUCGAGCUUUCGAAGAUUGCCCGCAAAAAAGCUCGACGACUUGGAGUUCUGUCAUCUCUUGUUUUGCGCAGAACGAGCUUCCAUGGAUGGCUCUCGAGUUUCUCAGGAUAAUGAUGGAGGGAAACCUUCGUCCUGAUGAUCAUAUUCUCCCGUCGGCUACAAAGUCGUGUGGGAUUUUGAGCCGAUGCGAUAUUGGGAAAUCGGUUCAUUGUCUAUCGAUGAAGACUGGGUACGAUGCUGAUGUGUUCGUGGGGAGUUCUUUGGUUGACAUGUAUGCGAAAUGUGGAGAUAUUGUUGAUGCGAGGAACAUGUUCGACGAAAUGCCUCAGAGAAAUGUUGUUACUUGGAGUGGGAUGAUGUAUGGGUAUGCGCAAAUGGGUGAAAAUGAGGAAGCUUUGUUGCUUUUUAAAGAAGCAUUGUUUGAGAAUCUCGCUGUUAAUGAUUACUCGUUUUCAAGUGUCAUUAGUGUCUGCGCCAAUUCCACUCUUCUUGAGUUAGGCAGGCAGAUUCAGGGAUUGUGCGUUAAGUCUAGCUUUGACUCGUCUAGCUUCGUGGGAAGUUCUUUAGUCUCAUUGUAUUCCAAAUGUGGUGUUCUCGAAGGAGCUUGUCAAGUUUUCGACGAGACUCCUGUGAAGAAUCUCGGGAUUUGGAAUGCGAUGCUCAAGGCGUGUGCACAACACUCGGACGCUAAAAAAGUAAUCCAAUUGUUCAAACAGAUGAAACGCUCUGGAAUGAAACCAAAUUUCAUAACUUUCCUGAAUGUGCUCAAUGCUUGUAACCACGCGGGUCUACUCGAUGAAGGAAAAUACUAUUUUGAUCUGAUGAAAGAGUACAGAAUCGAGCCGACAGAUAAGCAUUACGCUUCCUUGGUAGAUAUGUUGGGACGAGCUGGUAAACUAGAAGAAGCACUGAAAGUCAUCACGAAUAUGCCAAUCGAUCCCACGGAAUCCGUAUGGGGAGCUUUGUUAACAAAUUGUACAAACCACAAGAACACAGAGCUUGCAGCAUUUGCAGCAGACAAGGUCUUUGAAUUAGGACGCGUGAGUUCUGGUAUGCACAUUUCGUUAUCCAAUGCUUAUGCAGCUGAUGGUAGAUUCAAGGACUCAGCCGAAGCCAGGAAAUUGCUGCGAGACCGAGGGGAGAAGAAGGAAACAGGGCUAAGUUGGGUUGAAGAAAGGAACAAAGUACAUACAUUUGCAGCUGGAGAGAGACGCCAUGAGAGAAGCAAAGAGAUUUAUGAGAAGCUGGCUGAGUUAGGGGAAGAGAUGGAGAAAGCGGGUUAUGUUGCAGACACGAGCUUUGUUCUGAGAGAAGUUGAUGGAGACGAGAAGAAUCAGACCAUAAGGUACCACAGCGAGAAAUUAGCUAUUGCUUUUGGGCUGAUCACGUUCUCGGCGGAUAGGCCGAUCCGUGUGAUAAAGAACCUGCGGGUUUGCGGUGAUUGCCAUAACGCUAUCAAGUUCAUGUCUGUAUGUACGGGACGAGUGAUUAUUGUGCGAGACAACAAUCGGUUUCAUCGAUUCGAAAAUGGAAAGUGCUCUUGUAAUGACUAUUGGUGA